AUGUACAGCUCAACGGUGACCCAAUACGAAGAAGAGAAAAAAGUCACUCAAGAAGUGGAGAAGGAUGUGGAACCAUUUCCGGUAGCGAGAAGUCGAGUCCCAGCUAGUCAGCCGAUAAUAUGGCUGAAUGUGAUUGUUAUCAUACUGCUUCAUUUCCUGGCCGUUCAUAGUUUCGUGACCGGUUAUCGGGAUGGCAAUGUUUGGACCUGGUUCUGGCAUAUAGGUCAUGGAUUUAUUUCCGGGAUGGGAAUAACAGCAGGGGCACACCGAUUGUGGGCGCAUCGAAGUUAUUCCGCCAAGGUCUCCCUGCGAAUCUUCUUAGCAUAUGCAUACUGCAUGGCCGGCCAGACGCAUCUCUAUAAGUGGAUACGAGACCAUAGAACGCAUCACAAGUACACGGAAACGUCUGCGGAUCCUCACGACGCGACCCGCGGUUUUUUCUUCUCACACAUCGGCUGGCUAAUGGUGAAACGACACCCGGCCGUGAAGGAGUACGGCAGUAAAAUCGAUAUGAGCGACAUCGCGGCGGAUCCUGUAAUACAAUUCUUCGACAAGUAUUACGGGUUCAUUAUGACGUGGCUGUGCUUCGUUUUCCCGACAUUGGUGCCAGUUUACGUUUGGAACGAGACCUGGUACGUGAGCAUUCACGCGACGCUGAUCCGUUACGUAUGGUCGUUGCACGCCACUUUUAGCGUAAACAGUUUCGCUCACAUGUGGGGAAAUCGUCCGUACAACAGGCAAGUCAAGCCCAGGGAGAACCCGACCGUGGCGUUCUUCGCGCUCGGCGAAGGCUGGCACAAUUACCAUCAUUCGUUCCCGUGGGACUACAAAGCCGCGGAAUUGGGCUCGUACGGGCUGAACCCAGCCACUGCGUUCAUAGAUUUAAUGGCGCGUCUAGGGCUAGCGUACGAUCUGAAGACACCGGGGAAAGACCUGGUCGAUCGGACAAGCGUGAAAAAAGGGGACGGCACCGACAGUCUUUGGGGCCAUCGGAGGUGCUAG